CACAAGUCGUAGGGCUGAGACAUGAGACAAGGGGUUCGCUGAUCUCAGCUGAACUUGUCAAACCCCCAAAUCUCAAAGUUACGUAAGCUCAUCCUUUCCCCUACAAGGGCAAAUAAUUCAGAAGCCGUUCUGCCGUCUUUUCCGUCUUCGUCUCCUCUUCCUCAGAUAUCCUAAUCCAAGAUACUUCUUUUCACGCCGGUCCUAUCACCCUUAGGUAAAUAAAUAUCUUUCCAAAAUGGCUGAUUUUCUCGUAUCCAAACUCGCCAAGUUAACCCCCCUCUCCAAAUUUUCCGCCGGGGUAUACGACGAGGACGUGGGAGAAGAAAUUGACGAAACCACCAUCGCGGGAGGAGGCCACGGUGCGCGACAGACGGCUAUUACCAAAUCCCAGUUGCGAGUCAGCCACGCGCUAAAAUCAUUUCUCGUUAAGAAUAAUGUACUCUCCGAGGAAGGAGUAGGCCUGGAGUCGGAACAGCCUGGUGCUGCGCUGCUAGAACUACUUGACAAGCCACACAUCCACGUGCCUCCCGCAGUGACGGACAGGUCUCAUCCGCUCCCAGAGUAUUUCAUAAGCUCUAGCCAUAAUACAUAUCUUCUAGGUCACCAGCUCAUUGGCAAGUCUUCCGCUGUCGCCUAUGAGACCGCACUCAACGCCGGAUCUCGGUGUGUCGAGAUCGACGCCUGGGAUAACGAGGACGAUAAAGAAGAGCCUAAAGUCACUCACGGGUAUACCCUCGUUUCCAAUAUUCCAUUUCGCCAAGUAUGUGAGACAAUUCGUAGUGUCGUUGACCGGGAAGCGAUGCAGUCCAGUAAUACGGAUGGGUAUCGGGCGGCACCAAUCAUGCUCUCCCUAGAGAAUCACUGUAGCGCGUAUGGACAGCAGAGACUCGUUGAAAUCAUGAAAGAAAUAUUCGGCCAUCGUCUGCUGGACAAAGCUAUCCGAAUAAAAGGCCAUCGGGAGCAGGAAGGGAACAGUGAUCCAGUUACCCUGGCGGAACUAGGAUCUAAAAUAGUUCUCAUCGUCGAAUAUCAUUUACCCGAGGAAGCAGACUCCAGUGAUGAUGACAGCAACCCCGACGCUAACGAUGAUGAGGAGAGACGGGCACAAGAGGCUUACCGUGCCAAGAAGAAAGAAACAGACUCCAAGAUCAUUGUUCCAGAACUCGCAGAGCUGGGUGUUUACGCCCAAUCCGUGAAACCGAGAGAUAACUCUUGGUUUGAAGGUGUCCUCAAGGAUGGUCCUCGUAACCAUUUGAUCAACGUAUCAGAAACCGGACUGGCGUCACACAUGCCGGAAGCAAAUCAACUGAUUGCGCGACAUAAUUCUAAGCAUCUAAUGCGUGUCUUUCCAAAGGGUACGCGCAUUACCUCAAAGAAUUUAAAACAAGUCCCAUUCUGGGGCGUUGGCGCACAGAUCUGCGCGAUGAACUGGCAAACUUUCAACGCCAGCAUGCAGAUCAACGAGGCCUUAUUCAGCGGUACCGACGGUUAUGUCCUAAAGCCAGCAGCUCUGCGCGCAGGCGGUAGUAUGAACCUCAACACUGGCAGGAGGAAGAGGCUAGUUCUGCACGUCGCGGGAGCAUCAGAUAUACCCCUACUAGAAGACAUGGAAGAAGAUGAUGUGAAGCCAUAUGUGACCUGCACGCUCGUGCACACAGAUGAAUUAGAAGACAACCAUCCCAAGCGUAAGACGAGACCGUACAAGCACCACAGGUUAGGAUUCCUGCACAGGGGCGAGAACCCGCCGCCAACAGAUCCGAUCUGGGACGAGACGCUCGAGUGGGAAUACGAAGACAACGAGCUCGUCUUCCUGCGCAUCCUAAUCAAGAACGACGCCAGCUUUGCGGAAAACCCCGUCUUCGCAGUGGCGGCGCUAAGACUCAUGUACGCGGUCCCCGGCUGGAGCUUCAUUCGUAUGCUGGAUCUGAAGGGCCGAGAGACCAAGUGUGCGUUGUUGGUCAGGUUUGAGUUCAGCGAUAUAUAAAAGUCUGAUCGAGAAGGGAACGGUUCGCGACAAGCACAUAGUUAGUUCCAAGGUUCGAUGAUGAAAUGUGAAAAAAAGAAAUUAGGCCCGGCGUUACGUUCUCAAGCCCCUAUUACAGUACCUCGUUCAUGGGGUUCCCCGACAUAAUAGUCUAAACAGUAUGAUACCAGAAAGAUAAAUUCUAUGCCUGGGAGGGUAUUCAACUUGCUUAUCAUUUCCAAGUCUACGUGCGUUGGCGUUUGUGGCUCCGGUCGGUUGCAUUACCUGCAUGCAGCAGG